AGAAACUUGGUUAUUUGUCAUUCUGUUGACAACUCAAACAAAAAUAUUCACAGCUGAUGGCAAUUGUUUUUGCGCAGCUCUUCAGUUUGUCUAAUUAGAAAGUUCAGGAAAUUUAUUAGAUUGAAACCAAAUCAAGUAAUUUGUGGAGUUUCAAACCUAAACACAUAAAUUGUGAGAAAAAUAUUCUUUGUCUACUAUAAGUUUGCGUCAUCAGUACCAUAGACAACGUAAAAAAUAAGAAAACAUCAGUUGUACCCGGGUAGGGGCUCCACCACCCAAUACGCAGUGGAGCUCAGCGAAGAGCAAUGCGCUUACGUUGCAAAUAAUCAGAAGAGAAAAAGACUUUGGACAGUGCGGUUCAAAUUAAGCGAUUUUCACAAUAAUUUGCAAAAUAUCGUCAUCGGAAUUUUUUAAAGCAUACAAAAAAAUAAAAUAUAAAAUAUUAGCAAAUAUGUGUAUAAUGUAACUAGUGUUAAUAAAUGCCGAUAAGCACAAUUAUAAGCCGUGCUAUAUAAAGUUAGCAGAGUCGAUUGUUUGCGUGCGAAAUAUGCAAUUAUUGAAAUAGUAAAAUAUAUUGUACAACAACAAAAAAAUAAAAAAAGAUAUAUGUAGUAUAUAUAUUUGGUGCAAGUGAAGUAAAACAAAUCUAAAACAGUGCUCAGGUUAAACGUGUAUGCUGGUGAUUGGAUGGUUACUCAAUUCACAUAUUAACCAUCCAAUAAAAUAUAUUGAAUAAAAGGCAAAAUUAUUUGUGAUAAGAGUGCAAAAGCCAAUCAAGCUGUGAAUCAUUUCUACUCUGUUAUAUAUUCUUGCGAGAUUUGCUUAUAUUUGUGCUAAUUAGUAUCGCAGUGCAUUAAGUGAAAGCGUGAAGUUUGCUUAACAACUGUGUGUUUUAGGAAUAAAUAAUCUGAAGCAAACACUAAACUGGAGAAGUGGAAGAGAACGCGGAGUUCGACGAAGAAAAUGGAUCGCCAUAGCAAAGGGAAUGGGAGUGGAGGCGAUGGUGGAACGCCUGACAAGCCAUCUAUUUUGGAAGGCAUUUUGCACGGCCUCUUCGAAGGACUAAUCGACAAGGAUGAGACGGUGCGCACGGCCAUUAAAAGUUCGCUCGUAAAAAUACUGGAGACACAUCCAGCGCGCGCCGUCGACACACUGGUCGAGUAUCGUGAAAAGAAUCCGAAGCUGCCGGAACAAACAGUCAUCAUAUUGCUGAAAGCCGUUGAGCGUGUUGUCAACUCAGAUACAUCCUUACCCUCGGAGGCGAAUAAGAAACUCAUUACUUUGGCCAUUGAAGAGCUGACUCGCUCGGCCGAUCAUCAGCCACUCAUACAAGAACACGCGCUCACCAUUCUAGUAGCCAUUGGACGUAAUGACGAAUGUAAAGCGGUAAUGGAGGCACUGAUGGCACACACCAAAGAGGGCGCUGUUGCACAUUUCAUGAUCAUGCAGUGUUUGGGCGCAAUGGCAACGGCCAAUGUGGUCGGCGUUGUGCCCUUCAUCAAGCCAAUACUAGCAACCGUAUUGCCCAACCUGGGCGGCAUCAAACAAGAUCACAUCAAGCAGGCACAUGCUUAUGCUCUUGGCCACUUUAGUGAAGCUUUGCUCGAACAAACAACAGCACAUGGCGCGGCUGCUGUAACUGGUGCCACCAACGAAGAAACACAGCCGGCUGCUCCGCAAUGUGCCGAAGCAUCAACAGAUUGCAGCACCGAAAUUUCUGUUGCCUACGACGUACUCUUCAAUCAAUGGCUGCAUACGCGUGAACCUAAAGUGUGUGUGGAAAUCUUGCAAGCGCUCUCCUCCAUGUAUCCGCUGCUGCCGGUGGACAAGAUACAGGAUCAGUCAUCGCGUCUUAUACCGCAAAUAUUGGCGCUCUACCGUCGUUCCAUCGAGCGCAACUCGGUAACACAAUUUCUGUCCUCGGUACUGAAAACCAAUAUCGCAGUCCAACCCUCGUUAUUAGAUCCGGUAGCCGAACAGUUAAUAUCGCAUCUCUUCGACUUGAUUUGCGUUUUUCCCGACUAUGAAAAGCCCCAGACGGUUAAGGGUCACUAUGAAGUGUUGCGUUGUUUUCAUUUGCUCUCCGGCAUUUACGCAUCGAAAAUUAUCGAUAUACUUUUGAUACAUUUGCGUAAUAAUAGUGAACGCGAUCGCAUUAAGUCGCUGCUAAUACUCACACAUCUCAUGAAUACGUCUACGGCGCAUAUUGGCGAUAAGCUGCAGGGCUUCUUAGAGUGCCUGAAGCCGAUGAUUAUGUCCGAGAAGGGCAUCAAAAUGAAAAUGACCUUGCUGAAGACGAUAGUGGCGCUCUCGCAGAAGGGUUUCAUUAAGGAGAAAGAGUUCGUCUGGUUCGUGGUGCGUUACAGUUGUAAAUACACGAAGGUCAAUCAAGAGCACGGCUCUCUGGAGGAGCACGCCAAUUUCGUGUUGUCCUGUGAGAAUUCACUCUACAUGCUUUCCUCCACGGCCGGCACCAUGGAUGAGUUGUUGAAGCGUGAACUCUUGAACUACUUUGUGCUGUUGGACUACACAGAUGUAUGCUCGAAUUUAGCCAAGUGCUUGGGCAGCUUGUUCGCCAAAUCACCGAAUAUCGAAUAUGAAAUUGCAGGUGACGACGAUGCUGAGGAAAAGAAAGAUGCCGCUGGCGAAGAACAUGCAAAGGAGAGUGGUCAUGCAAACAUUAAAAGCGGCAAAAUAAUUGUGCCCUGUCCGGAGUCCAUAUUUACGCGUUGCCUUGCACUACUCGGCAAUUUUCACUGCAUCAAACGCUCUUCGAACAUAUUGACAUUCUUGAAAUACUAUUAUCCGCAUUUGAAUCCCGAGCUGAAUACGCUCUGGGAUAAGCACAUACCCGAUCUAUUAUUGCACAUCAAUAAGGAAUCUGUUUUCUCGCGCAAACUCAUAGAGUUCAUAAGUGAAACCGUCGAAUAUUUGAAUACACGCGAUGAAAACUUCGCCGAACGCUUGGUGAACAGAAUGUCCGACCAAUUGAAUCUCUAUCCCAUCAGCACGCCGCACCUUGAGUUCGUCAUGCCCAUCAUGACGACCGAGCGCGGCAUGCUGAUGAAGUCGCUCGCCUUGGCGCUCUGCUGCGCCACUGAACCGCAGACUAUAAAUGCGAAAAUCGACUUGAUCAUCACCUCGGCGCGCCAGGAGAAACUCGACAAGCACAUAAAGCAUGCAGAGUAUGAGCAGAAGAUUGCGCCAUGCGCUCUUGCCUUGGGCUACAUUUCACGCAAGCACUUAACACAUCUCAUCAAGAAGUUAGCCGAGCUGGCGCAUAUCGGUGGACGCAAGCAUUCGACUGGUUUCUUCAGCAAUUUGCAUUUCAUCAAAGACACACAUAAAGAGCAAGAAUUGUACAAGACGAAUUUGCUGGUGAUUAAGUCCUUCGGUCACAUUUUGGAUGAAUCGGAUCCCAUGCAAUCGCUGCAGAACCUCGAUGAUACAAUACUCAACUUUCUGAUACUGCAACUGACAGGCACCAAAGAUCAAACCAUUAUGUCGGCCAUACUUAAGACGCUACUAAGCAUCUGUAAUCAGAUCAUUGCAACAAAAGAAGAACUGACGGCGCCACUCAAGUACCGUAAGCAGAUAAUGGAGGCCGUGUUUAGCAUACCGAUUGAAGCGCCCUUCAACGAUCUGCCGCUGCUGCCGACAAUUUUGAAACUCGGCACGGACUUCAUACGCAUCGGUGGUGUGGAGCCCACAGAGUCCGUUGAUGGCAGUGUUAUAUUCGAGAUUGCUUGUAAGAACUUCUUUGCAUGCGCUCAGCAUUUAAAAAUCAAAUUCGACUCACCAGAAGAGGAUGAACGCAACAGUUUUCUGGCAAAACAUUUAAACGAAUCCUUGCCGGAAUUGAAUGCGCUUGCAAAGGCGAUUAUUGAAACGGAUCCCUCGCCGUCCACACUCGAUUUGAUCAUAUCGAUUUUGGAGACAUGGACCAGAGAUAAAAACUCCGAGGUGCGCAUAUGUGCUUCGCACGUUUUCAAUAACGGUCUGGAAGUGUAUAUAAAAUCAAUGAAAAUCGGCUGUGAAGCACCGUCCAAAUUCAAUCAGACGGGACAGAUGUUGGGUAAGAUUGUGCCACGCUGCAUUGACUCGAAUGGCACGGUGCGACAGGUGUCUGUGGAUAUUCUGCAAAAGACACUUGAAAUCUCUUGUAUUUAUGAGACACUCACGAUUGCCGACAGUGAAACGGAUUGGGUGAAGGAGAUCGAUUUGGUGAAGGAGCAAAUUAUAACCGAUGAUCCGAAGAUGAUCUACAAUUUGGCGGGUGAAAUUGCCAAAAUCAUCGCAUUGCGCAUGUCGAAUUUUCAAUAUUUACAGUUUUGUAAAACUCUGCUACAAGGCUUACGUGACCCGGAGCAAAGUUCAUCGAUUGGAGCUUCGGUGGUGUUGAAAUUUUUCAUUCAGCACAAAGGUUCUGAACUAUUUCACGCCAUACCGGAUCUCGUAAAGGACAGUCUGAGCGCUAUACGUGAUUGUGAAAUAAAUCGUGCUCGCUCGGGUGUACUGAAAGCGCUCGUAGCGCUAACGAAACAUCAUCCGAAGCUCGUUUGUUUCGAAAUGCUGACACAACCCUUACCUUACGAAAGCAACAUUGUCGAAUACUGGCAUCUCAUUGCCAAUGAUCCAGAGCUCACCGCUGCGUUACUGGAGAAUUUCCUACAAAUACUAACCUCUUCGUGUCUGUACGAGCCAAGUGAGUCGUCGGCAAGUGAACGCCAGAAAAUCGCAAGCAUACAACCAUUCGCCAUUUUCUGUGCGCUAAAAGAGAUUAUGCCCUGCAAGGAUGUCAAAGCGGAAUUGCAUAAGAAGUUCCCUGAACUCUUCACCAUGCUCCUAACCUCAUUGGCCACCUAUACAAAUCUGGCAGCACCCAUGCAUACCGGUGGUCAUUCACCAACUCAACAGGGUGCCAAUAACUCUGCCAGUUCACUCACAACUGUCGCUACGUCGACGAAGUCGAAAUUUGGUUUUGUACCGAAUAAAGAUUUGGUCAAGUUAAACCCCUGCCAAAUCGUGUUAGAUACAUUUCAAGCAUUCCUCGGCAAUUUGGAAAUGGAACAGAUAGCUACAGUGCUCACCGUGCACACCCAACUCGCCAACAGCACAGACUUGAAGAACUAUAUUGAGUUGCUGACACCCAUAGCCAUCGGCUUGGUCAACCAAUUGGAAAUCUCAUCCAGCACCAUGAAACAGGUCGUCACUGCGUUAAGCAAAUAUGUUGCAUCGCCAUAUGAUGGCCAACGUAUUGCGGCAGUGGGACUGUACUCACGUCUGGUACCGCUCAAACCAUGCGGUGAGAUAUCUUCGGUGAUUAUGCUGCACUUAAGUUCGGCGCUAAGUGACCCUAACGCUGUGGUGCGUGGCUUGAGCAUACAGGGUUUAGGUUAUGUGGGUAACCUAACGGAGCAUGAUAUUGAAAAGUAUACAGAAACAGCGGUUACCGCAUUGCUAAAGGGCAUCGACGAUCCGGUCAGCGACUGUCUUAUAAAUAUUCCGCUGGAGAGCAUGCGCGGCCUGGCACGCAUUCUACAAACCUUGCCCAGCGAUCGCUUGGAAUCUUUUCAUGUCUCAUUGGCCAUACGCAUUCGUCCAUUUUUCGGCAGCUAUUCCAUCGAAAUUCGCGAAGCGUCCAUUAUACUCUUCGGCGAUCUGUGCGAGUCGAAGAAGGCGUAUGAGACGAAUGGCAGCAUAUCGCCGAAUGCUGCCUGCACCGAGGCGUUACGUGAGCAAUUGAUUGCCAAUCUCUUUCCCAUAUUGCUGCACUUGAGCGAGGGUGAAGCGACGAUCAUACGAGCUUGCAAGGGUACUCUACGUAAAGUUUGUGGUUUAUUGAAUGCGCCGAAGGUGAAUGAGAUGGCGCAGCGACACCUCAUCGAUCACGGCCAGUUGAAUUAUGGCGUUUUCAUAGUGGAUUUCGUCAAGUUAAUUGCUAUGGACUUGCCUGCCCAUAUACAAGAUUUUAUCGACUCGGCCAUACCGAAAUUGCGCAGCCAAUGGGCCGAAGUGCGCGGCAGUGCUGCCAUUGUUAUAGGUAUACUACACAAUUUCCUGCCGGAGCGCAAUACCCAAACCGAGUCGGUGGGCAAUAAGCUGGCGGUGCUGCUAAAGGAUGAAAAUCACUUUGUGCGCGUAAAGGCCGCUACGGCUUUGGGCUAUUUCUUUGGUGAUAUUUGAAAGGAAAAAACCGUUGGCAAUAACGCUAACGCUCGGUAGAAUGCAUGUAUGUUUACUUGAAAAUAAAAGUAAGUAAAAAA